CGGUGCUGCGUGGGCUUUAGCGGGUUCGUUUUCGGUCUCGGUUCCGCAGCGUAGCUAAGUUAGUGAGCCUGAAUUUUGGUGGAAAGGAAGUCCGUGGGAUAUAAAUGUACGUCUUCACAGUGUGUUCUGGGAUUUUAACGCCGCCUGUUUAGCCGCGUGAUAAAAAAAAAAAAACAACAUGCGGGGUUUUCCUCAGUCACCAUUGUCUUACUUAGUAAAGUCACAAUGCUAAGUAGCUGCUGGAUGCUAAUGAAAGCUAACUAUUUUUAAACAUGUUCCGUGGGGGGCCGUUGUCUUCUUUUGUUUCUACGUCAAAUUGCUCCUAAGCGAGAAGUCUCUCUACAAACAGCGGUUCCGUUGGAUGGCGGUGGCUCCUGCCUGCAUGGCAGACAAGAUAAUUGUACUUGAUGAUGAUGAAGAGGAGAGUCCUCAGCCCUCCUGCUCUGCCUCUGCCACGUCCUCUAAGCAGCAAGCCAAAAAUGUCUCUCCUCUCAAGUCUCAGCUGCCGGUGGCCACUCACAUUUCCCAGUCACCUUUUGCCUCAUCGAAGACGAACACACAUGUUCUACAGGCGGAGAAUCAGAAGCUGUUCACUGAGUUCGUUGAGCACUGCUCACCUCUCACAAAAGACUGCCCCGAGGUCUUGACCUUCCUCCAAGCCAAGCACGCCAAGUGCUGUCCUGACUAUCUGUCCUCCGUGGAGUUCAGGAACACGUUGGGACGAUGUUUGACCCGCGCUCAGGCCAGCCACUCCAAAACAUUUGUCUACAUCAACGAACUCUGCACUGUACUCAGGCAGCAUGCCGCCAAAAAAAGGCAGGUCCUCACCACCCUUGCGUCUGGAUCUUCUACCUCAACAUCAAGCAGUGCCCAAUCUACCUCUGUUAAGCUCAAAAGCAAAGACAAGACGAGAGGUAAGACAGACAAGGACCAAAAGAGAAUGGAGCCGGUGGCCGACAGUGAACAACCUUCCACCUCAGGGAUGCAGGAGAACAAUAAAGAGGAGGAUCCGGAAGCGGAGAAGAAAGCUAAAAGGGCGUCCAGGAAACAGAUCGCCUACCUGGAGAACCUACUGAAGGUGUACAAUGACGAGAUCUGCCGACUGCAACAGGCUGAGCUGAAUCUGGACGAACUGGGAGCUGAGGACUCGUCAUACAUCCAGGAGCACAAGCUGAAACGCAAGAUGAUGAAGAUUUAUGAAAAGCUGUGCGAACUAAAAGACUGCAACACUCUGACGGGCCGAGUCAUUGAGCAGAGAAUCUCCUAUAGUGGCACUCGUUACCCCGAGAUCAACAAGAAGAUCGAGCGUUUCAUCAACACACCUGAGGCACAGAGGGACCCUCCCGACUACCAAGACAUCCUCCAGCUGGUGUUGCGCACCAACCAGCGUCACAACCUGUGCUUGACCAGAAAACAGCUGAACCAGAUCGCCCAGGAGGCCUUCAGAGAGACGGGGAGCCGCCUGCAGGAGCGACGGCACUUGGACCUGGUGUACAACUUCGGCUCACGCCUCACCGACGGCUACAAGCCUGCCGCCGAUCCGGCUCUGGUCGACGUCACUCUGCUGAAGAAGCUGCGGUCCAACAGAGAAGUGGCCGUGACUCGUCUGGAGGAGGUCAUCACCAAGUAUGCUGUGAAACAAGAGGACACGGAGGAGCGGGAGAGGUCCAAACGGAUCGAGAAAGACAACAAGGACAAAGAGGGUCAUAAAUCAGAAAAGGAAGACGAAACUAAAGAGGUGAAUGGAGUGAAGGAGGUGGAGGAGGAGCAAGAGGAGGAAGAGGAGGAGGAGGAGGACGAAGAUGAUGAUGAUGACGACGAUCAGUCAUCAGACCCAGACAUAGAAGAAGAGAUCCAGGCCAGCACUCAGCAAGAUGGACCAGACGAUGAGAACGAGGAAGACAACGGUAACGAGGCGGAACAAGCGGAACAAGGCACCAACAAGGACGAUCUGUCGGACGACCAGAUGGGAAGCGAAGAAGGAAGCGCGAAAGACGAAGGCGAGCCGGUCACAAGUGGACUGAGUCCUGUUUCUGAAGACGGCAAAUCCCAAAUCUCUCCGCUGUCCGACAUCACGUCCCCCAGAGACAGUCCCAGCCAGUCAGAGCCCGUGCACUCGGCCGAACAGAGGCCUCUGUCCAACGGGAACCUCCCGGGACUAGAAGAACCUGUGGACUCCUCCAAUCAUCUCUCAGAUGUGGUGGGGAGCACGAACAAAGUCGCAGGGGACACUGCAGAUGUCUCCCAGACAGAAACCAAUGGGACGCCUGGUCUUUCGCCAGCAGCAGUCACAGUUGAAAAGUGUGACACUCAGACGACCAAUGGGACGUCGCCGCCUCCGAGCCCCAGAACCACGAGGAGCCAGAAGAGGAAGAGGGACGAAAUGACGCCAAGAAACUCCCGAAAUGUAAAGGACGCAAUCACCCAGGACGGUGACGCCGCCAUCACUCUGGAUAUGCAUGUUUUCAGCUGCAGUUCGCCUCAAGAGGUCGAGUCCACGCGAGCAGACACUCCCACCGAGGAGCUGGUCAGCAGCUCUCAGCUGACGCCGCCUCCAAAGAAAAACAAGGUCAACGUGGCGACCCAGUGUGACCCAGAUGAGAUCAUCGUCCUGUCAGACUCAGACUGACCUUUUUUAAACCACGUCGCCCUUGAUCUUGGGCUGAAAAAAAGCACACGUGUCCUCGGGUCGACGCUUCAGUCGUUUCUCCUGUAAAGACGACGUACGGUUUCAAACCCACCGCCGGGACAGACGGGAGACGUCUGACGCUCACGUCACAUGCGUUUUUAGUAAUUUAAUAAAAUAAUAAACUGCUAUUUACUGGAAAGCCGGGGUGUUUUUGGGGGGAAAGUAGUCUUUUUUUUUUUUUUUUUUUUUUCUCCCAUUUUGCUGGGAAACGCCGGCUGACCUCUUCUGUCUGUUUUCAUAUUCUUGGUGACGGCACAAUCAGCCUCUGCUCAGACGUCUGGACGUAGCAUUAGAACGAGCUCUGAACAUUUCACCCGGGAACGACGGCUUCGCUUCACUCGAACCCCAAACUUCAGUCGGUGAGAACCAGUGCCUGGUGAUGUGAACUGUGCAGUCGUCUCACUGCCGGUUUGUUUACAUUUUUAUAUUUCAGCUGAUUUCUAUUUUUUUCCUCAAAGAGGAACGAGGUGGUCUGUAUGAAACCGAACAUCCAGAGGACAUGGUUUUAGUUGCUGUUGCUGUUCAUGACGGAGCCGACCAUUAAAAAUCUCUCCUCCUACGUUUCACAGAUUUUAUUUUAUUUUUUUAAAGCUGACAAUAUUAAAUAUUUUUCUCCUCAUCCACUAAACCCACUCCCCCCUUUACGAAAAGACCAGAUCAAGUCCUGUGUGUGUUAUUGGUGACAUUUGAAUUGCAACCUUUGAAUCAUGACUUUAUUUUACAGAAAGCUAAAAGGGAUCCGGCCACGAUGGCGUUAUGUUAUUUAGACCAGUUCAAAGGUCUUCUGUCAAACCAUUUAAGACCGGGAGACGUGUUCUUCUUCAUGAAGUCACUGCUUAUAUUUUUAACUGAGUCAGUACCUACAGUACACAAAUGUUUUAAACGAAUUAAAUAUUUAUUUUUCUGGUAAUAUUCAGAUUUGUAAUUGGAAUCACUGGGAUUUGUUGACGCAGGAAAAUCUAUAUAAUAAUGUCAGCCUUAUUCUUUUCGGGGCACUGGCACAAAAAUGUUUCCUCAGAUAAAUAUCUCCCUUAAUUAAAUCCCUUAAACCCCGUUCCCUUCAAAUAAUUGACCGUUUUGUUUUUCUUUACUUAAGCAAUAAAUAAGUUAAAUGCAGUUUAUUAAUUAUAAUUAUUUUCACACAAAGCCUCAUUUUCAUACAAUCAUUAUUUUUCAGUCUGUGCUUUUUUUUUCUCUAGUUAUACACUGGACAGUCAGAUGAAACCGACCAUUAAAUUAAAUAUUCUCUUCAGAGUUUUUUUUUUCUAGUGUUUCUAUCAGAGUUGCACUUAAGUUACUGAAUUGUUUCCUCCUUUUAUUAAAACUGGUGAUUUCUGAGCCCUGUUUCUGUUUUAUUCCUGAUCUCAUUUGUUGCUGACUCCUACCCGACAGAUGAAAUGCUAUUUUGAGGUACUACGUGCUCUGGUUUUAUUUUAUUUUUUUUUUUAGAGUAGAUGAAUGGACGCGAAUGUUACUACGAUCUGUCUGCCCUCCUUUAUGCAGAAGAGCGAGCCAUCGUUCACUGUGAAACUAUUUUCAUUUUUGAUACUAAAAUAAACUUUUUAUGGAAAACA